CAGUCAGGAAACGUAAGGUCAAAUUCAGUUUUAAUGUUUUUAGCUAUGCUGUCGUUUUCUGGAUAUUUUAAAACGUAGCUAAUAAUAAUAGCUAUCACAGCCUGGGUGUUUCGAGAGUUACUUAUGAAGUCAAAUUAUUUAACUUAAGGCUGAAGACGACUCUGUAAAUGACAGUGUGUGUACAACUCGUGCACCUUCUUGCUGUGUUGUUUUAUAACUCCAUAUAAUAUGAUUCGCCACAGUAAACUGCAGAAACAGGUCCUGUCUCUGUAUCGUCAGUUUCUUCGUGCUGCACAGGACAAGCCAGGAUUUAUUCCCAGAAUACGCGAUGAAUUUCGCACCAAUUCUGCGAUCAAGAAGAGUGACGUCAUGCACAUUGAGUAUCUGUAUCGACGCGCACAGCGUCAGCUUGAACUGCUUAAAGACGUAAACACUAAACAACUUGGAUCAUUUAGCAAGUCUGAAAAUGCCAGUUGACUCUCAGUCUGUGAUUGGUCAUAUAAUCUUGAUUGUAUUCAAAUAUUUUACAGAAUGUAACUUGCAAAGAACAGAUUAUUUUGAACCUCUUACCUCUGGCUGCAUUAUCCGAAUAAAGACCAGUGAGACUGUCACUCACACCUGGGGAACACAAGCAACAUUAUUAUUGUAGUAUUGGAGUAUUAUUGCAGGAACUGAAGGAAAAUUAAAUGGACAAGUUACUGUUUUACUUUGUACUUUAAAUUAUUAAACUGGUAAAAUAAACAGAUUAUUAUCAGUAUUCUUGCUUUUUUCUGUAGUUGCUUAUGUGUAAAUACAGCAUAUGUAUUUAUUUGAAUUUGAAGAGGUACACUGGAUUUGUUAUGUACUGAUGUUAAUACAAAGUCAUGAAUUGAAUAUUAAAAUUAUGCAUAUUA